UGGAAAAGUAUCUUCUCUGAGCUUAAACCUUGAAGUUUCUUUAGCACAAGUAUCUCAUACACCUGACAUACUUGGGAAAUACUUGAAACCCAAUCUAGAGUGUAUUACUCAGAAUAAAAGCUAUGCAAGAAAUGAAGUUGGAUUUAAUCAAUAUGACAAGUUAUUUCUUUAUACUAAGCAUGAGAAAAUUCUUAAUAGACAAAAAUACAACGAAUAUAGUGAACACAUGAAAGCUUUCAGCCAUAAGUCACAGCUUAUUAAACACUGGAAAACUCAAAUGGCAGAGAAACACUACAGCUGCAUUGACUGUGUGAAAGCCUUUCCCCAGAAGUCAGACCUCAUUAAGCAUCAGAGAACAUACACUGGAGAGAAACCCUAUGGGUGCAGUAGGUGUCAGAAAGCCUUCAGCCGGAAGUCCCAUCUCAUUUUACACCAGAGAACCCACACAAGAGAGAAGCCCUAUGAGUGCAACAAAUGCGGGAAAGCUUUUACUGCUAAGUUAUGCCUUAAUAAGCACCAGAGAACUCACACAGGAGAGAAAUGGUUUGAGUGCCGCGUGUGUCAGAAAGGCUUCAGUGAUAAGUCACAAGUCACAUUACAUCGAAGAACACAUACAGGAGAGAAGUCCUACAGAUGUGAUGAAUGUCAGAAAAGCUUCAUCAAUAAGUCACAGUUCAUUAUUCAUCAGAGAUCUCACACGGGAGAGAAACCCUAUGGUUGCCAUGAAUGCGGAAAGACAUUUCCCCUUAAGUUUAGCCUCAUUUUACAUCAAAAAACACAUACAGGGGAAAAACCUUAUGGAUGCAGUGAAUGUGGGAAAGCCUUCAUCCAGAGAUCUGAGCUCAUCAGACAUCAGAGAACUCACACAGGAGAGACACCUUAUAAUUGCAGUGAAUGUGGAAAAGGCUUUAGUGUAAAGUCACUCCUCAACACUCACUGGAGAACUCAUACAGGAGAGAAGCCCUAUGGAUGCAAAGAAUGUGGAAAAACAUUCUCCAUCAAAUUUAGUCUCAUCCUGCACCAAAGAACUCAUACAGGUGAGAAACCCUAUGAAUGCCAUCUGUGUCAGAAAGCUUUCACCCAGAAGUCACAUCUCACUAUUCAUCAGAGGUCUCACACAGGAGAGAAACCCUACGAGUGCAGUGAAUGCCACAAAGCCUUCAGCCGGAAGUCGUAUCUCCUUAUUCACCAGAGAAUUCACUCUGGAGAGAAGCCUUAUCAAUGCCAUGAAUGUGGGAAAACUUUCUCUCACAAGUUUAGCCUCAUCAUUCAUCAGAGAAUCCAUACAAGAGAGAAACUCUAUGGAUGCAGUGAAUGUGGGAAAACUUUCCCUAUGAAGUUUAACCUUGUUUUACAUCAGAAAACACAUAUGGGAGAAAAACCCCACGAAUGCCAUGAGUGUCAGAAAUCUUUUGCCCAGAAGUCACAUCUUAUUAUACAUCAAAGAACUCACACAGGUGAGAAACCUUACAGAUGCAGUGAGUGCUAGAAAACUUUCUCCCACAAAUUUAGCCUCAUUUUACAUCAGAAAACUCAUCGAGAGAAGUCAUGAAGAAAGUCAAUAUCCA